AUGAACCAAGGAAUGACCUCAGCAAAUGAAUCUUCAGUGAAGGAGUUUAUCCUACUGGGAUUGACACAGCAGCCAGAGCUCCAGCUGCCUCUCUUCUUCCUCUUCUUGGGAAUCUAUGUGGUCUCCACGGUGGGGAACCUGGGCUUGAGUGUUCUGAUUGUUUUAAACCCUCACCUGCACAUGCCCAUGUACUACUUUCUCUUCAACCUUUCCUUCACAGAUCUCUGCUUCUCCUCUGUCAUAAUCCCCAAGAUGCUGGUGAGUUUUGUGAAGCAGAACACUAUCUCCCAUGCAGAGUGCAUGACUCAGUUCUUUUUCUUCUGCUUCUUUGUUAUCAAUGAAUUCUAUAUUUUGACAGCCAUGGCCUAUGACAAAUAUGCUGCCAUCUGUAAACCACUGCUUUACCAGGUCACCAUGUCCUAUCAGGUCUGUCACUCGAUGAUGGUGGGUGUGUAUGUGAUGGGGUUUUUUGGAGGCUUAGUCCAUACUGGUAACAUGCUAAACCUGAGCUUCUGUGACGGCAACAUCAUCAACCAUUAUAUGUGUGACGUGCUUCCUCUCCUGAAGCUCUCCUGCACAGAUACUGCCAUUAAUGAGCUAGUAGUUUUCAUUGUUGGGGGUAUCAAUAUAAUAGUGCCCUGUGUGACUGUCUUUAUUUGUUACACGUUCAUCCUUUCCAGCAUCAUUGGCAUCCGUUCUGCAGAGGGCAGGUCCAAAGCUUUCAGCACCUGUGGCUCUCAUGUUAUAGCUGUUUCUCUUUUCUUUGGAGCCUCAAUAUUUAUGUAUCUUAAGCCUUCUAGUGUGGCUGGGGAAGAAGAUAAAGUAUCUUCCAUUUUUUAUACCAUUUUGGGCCCAAUGCUGAAUCCUUUCAUUUACAGUUUAAGGAAUAAGGAUGUCCACAUUUCAUUGAGAAAAACUUUAAGAAAAAGGACAUUUAACUAA